AUGACGAGCGAUAGGUUGUCUGAGUUCGUGACCCGUGGCCUCAGUUCAGUAUGGUUUCAGAACAGAAGAGCAAAGUUCCGAAAGCAGGAGCGCCUGAAUCAGCAAAAGAGUGGUUCGGGUCAGACAUCGGGCUCUAGUAAUUCCAACAGCAGUCAGAAUGGGAGCAAUGGAAGCAAUGGGAGCGCAAACAACGGCAGCGCCGGCGGUAAUAAUCAAUCGUCGAGUAAUUUGGAAAGCGCUGCGAAUGGCAGUCAACACAGCACUCAAAAGCCUGAUUCCACCGCAUCAGCAGUCGCUCAACAGCUUCAUCAACAAAACACACCGUCAGCUAAAGAGAUCAAAACUAAUCCCGAAAAGACAAUGAAUGUGAACAAGUAUUUCGGUCUUGUGUUUGGCAAAAGACAAGACAAUAAUCAUUUGCGUCACUUAAGGGUGUCUUCUCUAUGGAUGACAUUAAUGGAAACAAAUGGCUUCACAUCCAAACUCUACUAA